AAGUAAUGAGUACUGUACCUUAGGUAGGUAAUCACGGCCUACUGUUAUCCUACAUUCGAUAAGCACCACGUGUCAGGCUGCCGAUUCACAACAUCUGGACGCCCUCAGUUUGACCUUGGGGGUUGUCGAAUCAAUACAGCGAACGUGACUUUUGAGGGUGAAUCGUGACAUUGACCAAUUCGUCGCUUCAGGUCAGGACUUCACUCCAGACCCCUGGAGAGAUACUUCACAAGAUGGCAGAGACAGCGCCAAAGAGACAAGCAUGCCACGGAUCCUGUCACUGCGGAUUGACGCAGUACAUCGUCUUCCUCACCCUUCCACAUCCAUUCUCGUCGUCUCAUCCACCAAAACCAAUCGAACAAGAAGUCUACCGCUGUAACUGCACCACGUGUUACAAAUUGAACAUCUUCCACGUUCAUCCGGCCAAUCCUCGAGACGAUUUCAUGCUCCUCUCACCACUGGACCCAGAUCAUGAAUUGAGUAUCUACCAAUGUCACUCCAAGGAACGGAAAUUCUACUUUUGUCCAAAAUGUGGAGUACGAUGCUUUACGUUCGGUGGCGAGGGCGAGACCGAUACCGUGGAUCUUACCGAGCUAGGUGGCGACAGAGAAGGGAAGAGGGAAGUUUGGCGUGCGAAGUGGGAUGGAGAGGAUAGUACGAGACCGUACGUUUCAGUGAAUGGGACUUCGAUUGACUAUAGAGAAGAUUUCGAUCUACGUGCUCUCACUGAGGAAAAGAGAGUGCAGUAUUUUGAUGAUCGGAGUGAGCCUGAGGAGAAGAAGAAGGAGGCAAGAUGGGACAGACCACAUUAUGGUGGAUGUUAUUGACCGUCUGAGAAGGAUAGUAGGCUCAUUGGUGCCGACGUGUAGAAGUCUAGAGCCUAGAUGCGUCCAAGAAUAGAGAUGAUGUCGGCAUGAUAAGCCGCAAUGGCAGCAGCAAGUUUCUCGUGGCAACAGCAAUGAGAAGGUGGUCGGUAGAGAAUGGGUGUCGUACAGGGUCAGAAAGUAAGUCGCAGAGCCGGUGCCUUGAGGAGAGGUACGGUCGCGGUUGCCAAGGAUAACGCAAACUAAGGUAACUAACUCAC